AUGACUACGACCGAUUCAUCUCCAGUCCCUUCCGUCGUACAGACAGUGGAAGAACAACUGGCGGAAAUUAGGGCAGCCUUGGCCCGAAAAAAUGAGAUUAUAGCACAAAGGGACCUUGUACAAGCUGAGUUGGCUGCUCUGGAAGCACUGAUAGCUGCCUCAAUUCCUUCAACUUCUGCACCUCCCGCUUUUCAGCCUUAUGUUCCAGCUGCACAAGCAACAGCACUUCCACCUGCUCAGUCAGGUCCAUCUACUUCCGCAUAG